AUUUCAAAACCAUGGGUUUUCUCUUGUUUUUUGGCAAGGUAUGUUCAGCGAACAUUAUACCUAGAGUUCUUUAGAGUAUAGGUAGCAUCUAUCGAUAUUCAUGUGCCCAUCGUCUCUAUUGGUCACCCGCACUAGACAAUGAUUUGUAAACAUAUUCCGGUCAUUAGGUACCUAGGUUACCUGUCCCGUCCGUCCCAAUUCCGUUCAGUCCAGUCCCCCAGUGCGUUGGAUCGUACGUCCAUCCAUCAUCCAUCCCAUCCUAUCUUCGCGUCGUUCGUAUAGUUGCCAUGUCCCAUGACUUUCCCAUAUAAUACAUGCAUGCAUAAAACGUUAAAAAAAAACAGGUGGUGCACGCAUCCAAACCACCAAAACAAAAACCUGGAAAAGCACUACCAAUGCAGCAGCGCACCGCGACCACACCGCGGUCUCAACUCCGCGCUGGUUUGCUUUGUGCCAAAUCCUGAAACUCCGAAAAUAGAAAUACUCAAAACAUUUCCCCAGGCCGACAAGUCUGAGGGGGUAUACAAAAAAGGACAAUCGCGGGUGAAGACAGACGUCAAUCACUGCGCAACUUUGAUUAAAUCAUCCAA